CGGAGCGACAGGUCUCGGGCCCCCAGGCGGAGCGGCGGGCGCCGGACCCCAGGCGGAGCGACAGGUCUCGGGCCCCCAGGCGGAGCAGCGGCCAGGACCCCCUGCGGGUCCCCGAGGCGUGAGGCACGGGGUGCAGGCGCUCGGGCCAUACACUGGCGGACGGCGGGCACCGAGUCGUCUGGCAAGACUGCCGGCAGGCGGUUCGUUUUCUGGCAAGACUGCGGGCGCCGAGUCCAACUGGCAAGACAUGCGGGCUUCGAGUCGUCUGGCAAGGCUGCG